GGUCCGCCUGGGGCGGACUGGCCAGUCCGUUCCCUGGGCCUCCCUGUCUUCUUUCUGCCUUCGGUUUCCCGCCUGUCCCCCGCCCCGUCGCCAGGGCCUUCGUUCCAGUGGCUGGUGACCGCCGCCACAGCCAUUUCGGCUCAAGCCAUUUUGGCCUUCUGGACGCCGUGAGCCCGCAGCUGGAGCCCCGGAAGUAUCCGUGGUGAAGGAUGGCGCCGCUGGCCCAAGCUGCCAUGACGGCCGCGGUCAGCCGCAUCUCCGCCGAGUAUCGCGAGCUCGAGAAGUCCGAGCCUCUGCUGCAGGAGAACUCUCAGCGCUGGGUGAUGUUCCCCAUCAAGCACCACGACAUCUGGGAGAUGUACAAGAAGCACGAGGCAUCUUUCUGGACGGCGGAGGAGAUCGACCUCUCGCAGGACCUCCGGGACUGGGAGACGCUGGCAGACAGUGAGAGGCACUUCAUCAAGCAUGUGCUCGCGUUCUUCGCUGCCUCUGACGGGAUCGUACUGGAGAACUUGGCCGCCCAGUUCACCACUGAGGUCCAGUCUCCAGAGGCGCGUGCCUUUUACGGCUUCCAGAUGGCCAUGGAGAACAUCCAUUCCGAAACGUAUUCUCUCCUGAUUGAGCAGUACAUCAGGGACCCAGCCGAAAAGGAGAUGGUCUUCGAUGCGAUCCAUACAAUGCCAGCGAUCCAGAAGAAGGCGGAGUGGGCAGUGCAGUGGAUGAACCACGAGAACAGUUUCGCCGAGCGGCUCGUUGCCUUUGCGGCUGUGGAGGGUAUAUUGUUCAGUGGCUCGUUCUGUGCGAUCUAUUGGUUGAAGAAGCGCGGGCUGAUGCCGGGCUUGACGUUCUCAAACGAGCUGAUCUCACGAGACGAAGGCUUGCACACGGAGUUUGCGUGCCUACUCUACGGGAAGCUCCAGAACCCCUUGCCAGAGGACGUGAUCCACACCAUCGUCCGCGGCGCGGUGGAGGCCGAGCGUGUCUUCAUUUGUGACGCGCUGUCUUGUGACCUCAUCGGCAUGAACAACGACCUCAUGACGAGGUACAUCGAGUUCGUCGCGGACCGCUUGCUCACCGCGUUGGGCCAUUCCAAGCUGUUCGGGGCGUCCAACCCGUUCGACUGGAUGGAGCUGAUUUCGCUGCAGGGGAAGACCAACUUCUUCGAGAAGCGCGUCGGCGACUACCAGAAAGCUGGGGUCAUGUCCUCGACGAACGCCUCGGGGGACGAGGCCAAAGGUUUCGCACUGGACGUGGACUUCUGAGAGAGGAGUUUCCGCACUGACGCUCACCAAUUCGCAUGCAGGACGUGGAGGAGUGGGGGAGACAUGUCGUAUUCAGCCCCAGUGUGUCCACUGGCCAAUUCAUGUACCGUUGCCUUUCGUCGCGCUCGAGCGCUGCCAAGCUGGUGCGUGGCCAACAGCUCGUGCAGAAGGCCAUGCGUUGCACACCGCGUUUUACGUGUGAGCGUCCUCCACCAGUGGGGAUGGGCAUUGGGGAGGUGCCUUUCCGCAGGUGCCACCGCGCAGAGGUCCAGUUGUGGUCAGAGUUGGCACGAGCCAAGGCCUCGAACCCAGACUCGCCCUCUCGCGAUCGGCUCUUUACGUGCUUCCCGGCAUGCGUUUUGCCACUUCUGAGCGCUGUCGGAGCAGGUGGUCUUGUGUCUGGGGCCGGGAACACAAGAAAAAGAGAGGGGUUGCUGCCCGCCGCCCGGGCAGCGGGAGCGGUCGCCGAGGAAUGCCCCCUUUUCAGAUGCUCGUAUUGGGGACGUGUCUGGGGCCUACCUGAUGGAUCUGAUCGACCCCAGUUCGACUCAAGUUCGAC